AUGGAUAGUGUAUUGCUAUAUUGGGAUGAUAUGCUUCUGACAGUGGGCUAUUAUGGAGAUCUGGUUCGCUAUCUAUAUGAUGAACCCAUUAUCCUUAUCCCAGAGUGUGAUGGAGCUAGGAUAUUGUCUAACUUAAACAUGGAGUUUCUUCAACAGGUCCUAGCUUCUACUGAAUCUAUCUUCAAGAUUGGGAGCACAGAACCAACAACUUUAUUGUAUGAUGCUUUGGAUCAUUUUGACAGGAGGAAUGCAAAGGUUGAUGAAAAUUUGAGGCUGAUAAAAACAUCGUUGCCUGAGGCUGUUAAAGUCUUUAGAUGUUGCAAGACAUGA